AUGGAUCCUUAUUUUGUCCACAGACAGUUCCCAACUUCGUAUAUUAGGACCAAGUUGGACUCCGAGCUCCAGUUGUUGGCCGACCACGAUGAGAAUACAGCCUUGCCUGCUGCAGUAGAAGACCAAGUCACUAACCAGCUUACCGAAAGACUGCAGCAACAGCAGCAACAUCCAGCUUUGCAGACUGUAGAUAGCUGUGAAAAUACCCAGCGCUGGCUCAGACCGGUACUAUCAACUUCAGCUGCUCUCCCUUUUACUCCAUCUCAGUCCUCAGCAGGACGAAAGCUCUCACCAAAGCCAGCAAACGGCAGUCAAAUACUGACUCUCUGUACAUCUGCUGGAGCAGCGUCUCUAUCUCCAAGUGAAAUCAACCGCAUAGGCGAGGAGUUUGUCGCUCAGUUACUACAGACACCUGUUUCGCAGGAAGAAGCAGAGUUUCUUCUCUCCUUGCCCGUAUAUACUCCUCCUCGCUCGCCUCCUGGAGGUCAGGGGUUCGCCUUAUUCCCACCUGCGCCUGUAGACGAAGCAGAACCAGCAGCGCAAGAAGUGAAGUCAGUGAACUCUCAGCUGGUAAGUCAUCUUACACUACAUACUUUCCCCUUUGCUGUUUAUACCUAUGCAUGGCUGCUCAACCAGUCUUCCUUUCCAUUGUUCCUGUUUUUCCAGAAAGAUACUCGCCGGCCUCCUUCAACAAGCUAUGUCAGUCACUCAAUAUCACCCAAGACUCUCACUCUUAAACCACUGCAGUUCAAUACAGCAACAAAUAGCUGGCCUCUGCCGCCUAUUGAGUCUGUCACUCGCUCAUUCUGGGAUCCCAUCCGUGAUGCGUUUCGGGAACAAGAGCAAGUAGAAAAGAUGGAGGAUAUAGAAAACUGGUUAAGGGAGCUACCGAAUGCCGAUGAACUAAUAGAGCCACAAGAGGGGAGCAUAGAGCAUGACGGGUUAGUUUACAACAGUCUUAAUUUUUCUGCAGGUCAGUUGGAAGCAGGGAUGGAGUAG